AUGCAUGGUAGCAACGGCAGCAGCCGGAGUCAUGUCAUCCUGCACAGCAACGGCAGCACCAGUGAUGUCAUCAAGCACGGCAACGUCAGCAACGGCAGCCGGAGUCGCAUCGUCAUGCGUGGCCACGGCAGCAGGGGGCAUCGGAGGCAGCUGCAGCUGGUGGGGCAGGUGAAGGCGUUCGAAGCCGAGCUGCAAUACUACGUGCCUGUGCCCAUUAAGACGCACCACGAGAGGGCUAAUCUUUUCGUUGAGCCGCUAGGCUUCGCGUUCAACUCGUCCAAUCAGCAACGCGUGCUGCUGCAUUACCUCGAGCACGACCCCAAGUGGGGCAUUGUCGCCCAAUGCCGCGGCGACACCUGUCCCUCCAUGGCCUCCUGCGGUCCCCGCUUCCCGAACCUCCAGGCCUGCUGGAUCCCGAACCUACACGUGUAUGAUGGGUACGAUGAGUCGUGCUCGCACAAGCAGGACUUCAGCCCGCACAACCCGAGUGCGCUGCAGCUGAUGCAGCUGAGGGACGUGUAUGUGACGGCCAAGGGGGCUGUGUUCAACCGCACUCACAGCUUCGUGCGCCCGGGAUGCGGCCGCUUUAAUGAGGUUACCUACCCACCAGAGCAGCAGGUGCACGUGCUGCCGGCCGCGUUCAGCUGGGCCUACUCGCAGGGCAACAACUUCUACCACUUCAUUGUCGAGACCAUGCCGCUCUUCCUUGUGUCCGCGCCGCUGCUGCCUCGCCUCCUGCCUUCCAUCCCCAUCAUUGCUGAAGACAUGCAGUGGGACGAAUACAAGCGCUUCGGCGAGGCGCUGAUAGGAGUGAAGUACGAUGCAAUGCGGUCGCUGCCCCUCGUGAAGGCAGACCUCUUUUUCGUUCACACUCUUUACGAGCCCAUGACUCAGGACUGUGGCAACCCCUCCAAGGUCCUCUGGCAAUCGCUCAGGCGGACCCACCUGCUGCACCCGCGCGGGCUGCCUCUCUUCCGCCCCGAUUGGUCCUACCAACCGCCACCGCCGCUGUCGCCCCAGCAGGCGCAGGCGCUGCCACCCGACUGGGUGGUGGUGCUGGCGAAGCGUCUCUCUAAGAAGCGAUCCAUUAACAACUUCAAGGACGUGCAGGUGGUGGUUGAGACGGUGUUUCCUAAAGAGAGGAUCGUGCUCUUUACAGGGUCUCUCACGGUUCUCGAAGCUCGCGCCUUGUUUCGGCGAGCGCGGCUGUUUGUAGCAGGGCAUGGCGCAGCACUCACCAACCUGGUUUUCAUGCCGGAAAGGGCUUCAGUGCUGGAAAUAAGGCCUGAUAACUGCGCUGUUGUGUGCUACAACCACCUCUCCUACGCCUGCUCCCUCACCUACCACCUCGUUUUCAGCCACGGCACGUGCUUGGAUACUGUACAGGCGAAUGCUACAGUAGUAGCAGAUGCGCUUAGAGAUAUAAAAGCACGUUUUGACAGAGAAGAUGCUGAAGGUAUAUAA